AGGCGCUGGAGCGCAGGGCGCGGCUAGGGCGGGGUCUCGGACAGUCUCCUGCAGAUCCUCACAGCCUCCGGCUGUCCAGAGUGACUGCUCCCGGUGGUCAGCCCAGUCCACAGCCCGUUUGGCCUUAGUGCACCAGGCCCCGCUGGGAUGAGAAGUUGCCGGAGACUGCACCAGCCCUGCGCCGGCCUCUGCCUGCUCCUGGCCUCUCUGCAGCUCGUGUCCUGGACGCUGGCUGUGGAGCCUGUGGAUGUGCUGAAAGCCUGGGGUGUGCGUGGGGGCCAGGCUGGGAUUGCCGAGGGGCCUGGCUUCUGCCCCCAGAGGAUUCCACAGGGCGACCGCGCCUUCAGGGUGGGCAAAGCCAGCCCGCUCAGUGUCCCCACAUGGCAGCUCUUUCCGGAUGGGCAUUUUCCUGAGAACUUUUCUGUGCUGCUCACUCUGCGGGGCCAGCCAGCCAAUGCCUCUGUCCUUCUAUCUAUUUAUGAUGAGAAGGGCGUCCGGCAGCUGGGGCUGUCACUGGGGCCGGCUCUGGGACUCCUUGGUGACUCCUUCAGGUCCCUCCCCAAGCAGGUCAACCUUAUGGAUGGCAGGUGGCACCGCGUGGCCGUCAGCAUCAGUGGUGGCGUGGUGACCCCGGUGGCUGACUGUGAACCUCAGGCCCCCGUAUUUGGUCAGGGGCCUCGGUUUAUCAGUACAGCUGGACUCACCGUGAUGGGAACCCAGGACAGCGGGGAGGAUACUUUUGAGGGAGACAUCCAGGAGCUGCUGUUAAUUCCAGACCCUCAGGCUGCCUUCCAGGCCUGUGAGCGCUACCUCCCUGGCUGUGAGAGCCUGGAGUCCACAACCACAGGGGCCCCCAGAGACGAACCAGAAACAACUGCCCCUCGUCGAAAGGGCAAAGGAAAGAAAAAAGGGCGGGGUCGCAAGGGCAAGGGGAGAAAGAAAAACAAAAACAAGGAGACCUCAAGUCUGGAUCCAACGGCUGGUGCUCCUGAGAAUCAGACCUCCCUCCACAUGGCUGAGACGGCGGCUCCCCAGCCGCCUCCGACCCCUCCACCUUCGGCCGUCACCACCACUGUGACUAUCGGACGAAAUGCCACUGUCUUGCAGGGAUUGGACUCUGGUGCUGAAAAUGAGCUGAGGACUCAAGAGAUGGAAGCUGCCGAGGAUGAUGAGGAAGGAGGUGGCCCCACCAUGGGCCCCAAGUUCCGGGCAGCGGAACAGUCUUCACAGACUGAGUUCCAGAUCUUCCCUAGUGCUGGAGAAAAGGGAGCAAAAGGAGAGCCUGCGACAAUAGAGCAGGGACAGCAGUUCGAGGGGCCUGCAGGAGCUCCGGGACCCCGAGGAAUAUCUGGUCCCUCAGGCCCUCCUGGGCCUCCGGGCUUCCCUGGGGACCGUGGUCUGCCGGGUCCUGCUGGCCUCCCAGGGAUCCCAGGCAUUGAUGGAGUCCGGGGCCUGCCUGGCACGGUGAUUCUGAUGCCGUUCCAUUUUGCCAGCGGCUCGAUGAAAGGACCCCCAGUCUCCUUCCAGCAGGCCCAGGCUCAGGCGGUGCUGCAGCAGGCUCAGCUCUCCAUGAAAGGGCCCCCUGGUCCAGUGGGGCUCACUGGGCGCCCAGGCCCUGUGGGCCUUCCUGGAUAUCCAGGUCUGAAAGGUGAACUGGGAGAAGUAGGGCCACAGGUGAGUUUGGAGGGAUACAGGGGAAUGGAUUAG